CUUGUGUGUGCUCUUGUACACCACGUGCAUGUAAAUUUAGUAAGAAAUUGCUCCAACACAAUAUACAUUUUGGUUUUUAAUUAAAAGUGUACAUAAAUAUAUUGUUUAUAAUUCAAUUAAUUAGUUGUGGUAUUAUUAAACUUCAAAAAUGCAACACGACGAUGUUGUAUGGAGUAUUAUCAACAAGUCAUUUUGUUCACACAAAAUUAACACAAAGGGCCAACGUUUUUGUCGUAAUGAAUAUAAUUUGACAGGGCUUUGUAGCAGGGCUUCAUGUCCCUUGGCAAAUAGCCAGUAUGCAACAGUACGUGACGAAAAGGGUAUACUUUAUUUAUUCAUGAGAACAGCUGAAAGAGUUCAUGAACCACACAACCAGUGGGAACGUGUUAAAUUAUCAAGAAAUUUUGAUAAAGCCAUUCAUCAAAUUAGUGAAAAUUUAUUAUAUUGGCCAGGUUUUAUUAAAUCAAAAUGUAAACAAAGAUACGUAAAAAUAACUCAACAUUUAAUACGAACGAGAAAAUCACUUUUACGUAGACAGAGAAAACUUGUACCAUUACCACGUAAAACUGAAAGAAGAGAAAGAAGAAGAGAAGAAAAAGCUCUUGUUGCUGCUAAAUUGGAAACAGCUAUUGAAAAGAAUUUAAUGGAAAGAUUAAAGAAAGGAAUGUAUGAAGGUAUUUACAAUUAUCCUCAACAAGUAUUUGACAGAGCUGUUGAAGCUGUAGAAGUUGAAAGUGAAGCUGAAGAUGAAGAUGAAAGUGAUAGAGAAGUAGAUGUAGAAGUUGAAAAAGAACUUGAAGAAGAAUUUGAAAAAGAUAUGGAAGUUGAAAGUGAGAGAUUUGUUGAAGCUGAUAGUGAUGAUGAUGAUGAUGAAGAAGAAGAAGAAGAAGAAGAAGAAGAAGAUAAUGAUGACGACGAAGACGAUGAAGAUGACGAUGCUGCUUCAAACGCAUCUGAAGAAGAUAUUGACGAUAAUGCAAGUGAUUCUGGUAAGAAAGAAGUAGUUGAUUUACCUGAUGAUUUUGAAUCUGAUACAAGUGACAUUGAGGAUAUUGCACCAAUAAAGAGCAAAAAAUCACCAAAACCAAAACCAACAAAAUCAAUUAAAAAGGGUAAAUCACGACCAAGAAUAGAAAUUGAAUACGAAAUGGAAAACGAAACAUCAUCAUCACGUACUAAAGUAAAAUAAUUAUUUAAUAAAUUUUUUUAUUUUUAAAAAAUUAAUUAAAUAAAUAAAAAAAAAGCAGA